GCGAUCCAAAGAUAUGGUACGACCGGUCUCACUAUUCCGUUCUUUUGACUCCCCUCUUCUGCAAAAUAUCCGUACAACAAUUCGUCCAUUUCGAUCUCACGGCCCUUAAGGCGCUCGAAGUGAGUAGAAAGUGCGUUGCCCAAGUCUCUGAGAAAGGGUCUAUCAGGCGCUGUAAGAAACCGAUCGGUAAGGACCGUUUUAAAGCCAUUGUGGCUUUCUACGAAGACCACCAUGGUACUUCUCCAAGCGGGCUUCCUCUUUCUAAACUUGCUGAAUUAUGUUCCUGCCAUAAUCAUAGAACAGUGGACUGCAUUUUGGAUGCUGUGGAACAGUGGACCCGAGAGAUCAGCGAUACAGAUUGCCUCCCCAGCAAGGCUCUUCCAGACAGCAACGCCCCACUUACGCCACAGAAGACAAAGGACGAUCGAAGGAGAUCCAGUUUGUCUCCGGACAGUUUCGAAGCGAAUACUCAACAUGACUCACGCGAGAAAGUUGACGCAAAGAUAAUUGAACUACUCAACAUGCCGAAGAAGACUGACACAGAAUGGCACGUAGUAUACAUUUUUUCGCAUGUGAAGAUACCAAACAAAUUCAAAGUUGGGCACACGACAAAGAUGGAGGAUCGACUUGAAGUGUGGGCGAAAUGUUACCCAGAUCUAAUCGUCAAGGGCUUUACUACAUGCACAGAUGCCAAAAAGGUCGAGAAACUGGUGCAUGCUGAGUUGGAUCAACGACGCCAAAAACAUCAGUGUGAAAAUUGCAAAUCAAAACCAGUUAGCCAUGGCGAGUGGUUUGAAAAAAGCCUUAGUGAUAUUUGUCGCAUUGUGAAAGGAUGGGCAAAGUUUGUGGAUAAUGCCUAUCUUGAGAAUGGACAUGUCAAGCCGGAAUACAAAUCGCCCUUUACAGGAUUCUCACAUGACGAUGAACGAUGGCAGGAUUGGAUCCAGGAAGAGCUGAGACGUAACAUGAUCCCUUCAACUCCUGCUCCUGAACUCGCGGAGAACACCACAAAGACUACCAGCAGUGAAUCGCUGGCUACAGAAUCUACCACUGGAACCGAUUGCUUCGAAUCCUCUGAAGCACUUUCUUCUCCCAUACUACCUAUCACGUGUUCAUUCCCAAGGGUGGAGGAGAAUGUAAGCCAUCUGUCUUCGGCGGCUGAAAAGGUCUUGCCUCUACAACCCUACGCCAGUCGAGAAGAGAAGGUGACCGCCUUGGACAUAGGCAAAUCUAUCAUUUCUAUGCUUUCUGGCAUUUCUAGCUGAGUUGAGUACUUUACAACAUGGACACUAACACCAACAUGUCAUUACUCCUAUGUGGAGCAAUAUUCAAUGGUCUUGAUGAGUGUGUGUGGGUACCUUUGUUGUCUACGGAGUAAGUUUCAAUGUGAUUCUUCCUUGAUCUUGUUUGCU